UGCCUGCAUUCGCGUCGUUUUUUCAUUUCAAUUCCAUUUCGUUCUUUUGCGGCAUUUCAAAGGAGCAACAUAGCGGGAGCCGAAAUAGAUUUCUAAUUUAAUUUAAAGAAUUGAACAUUUUUAAUUAAUUUAACAAUAAAAUGCCAAAAUCAAAGAAGAGCGGCAACGGCACCGAUUCAUCAUACGAUAGUGACUCGGGUCCAGAUGAUAUAACCCCACCGCCAAAAGCUAAGAAAUCUAAAGCCGAACCGGCAACGGCGAAAGUAGAAACCAAAAAGUCAACAAACGAAGAUUCAUCAAACUCAACAGGGCCAUGGACCCUCGAAGGGUUGCGCCAGGUAAGCGUCACAGAAUUCCGAGGCCGCAAAUACGUAGACAUCCGAGAGUUCUACAAUAAAGAUGGCAAAACAUUGCCUGGCAAGAAGGGUAUCGCUCUGUCGCUCUCCCAGUGGCAAAAGUUGUUGGACGUCGCCGAAGAAGUCACUGCAGCUGUCCGAAAUCAAUGAACUGUGUAAAUGAAUAUUUUCUUUAUCUUUCGUUAAGUUUCUCUUUGUUAACUUCAAUUGAAAAAAUAAACAACAAAUCGAAUAGUUAAGAUUAA